GCAGACGACAUGCGCCUUGGUUCCCGUCCGUAUGCAAAUGAGGAUGUCUUGUUGUGGUUCGCCAUCUUGUUGUCGCCUUUGAACCUGCUGUUAGAAUCCGCUUGUAUCGGGGACUUUUCUGAGCCAUCCGGCCUGUAGAUCGCUAUCUAGCGUCCAGCAAUGGCCAGCACGGAUGGCAAGAAGCUUUCCACCACGGACAGGGUCAUCAAAAGUGUCCCCUUCCCUCCCAGCCACCGACUGACCAUCAAGGAGGUGUUUGACCAGAAUGGGAAGCCUCGGAUGGACGUGCUGAAACAGCACUUCCUGCUGGAGGGCAGGGUGGACGACGCCGUGGCACUGAAGAUCAUCAACGAUGGCGCCGAGCUCCUCAGGAAGGAGAAAACCAUGAUAGACAUCGAGGCUCCUGUUACAGUAUGUGGUGACAUCCAUGGACAGUUCUAUGAUCUGAUGAAGCUGUUUGAAGUUGGGGGAAAUCCUGCCAACACCAAAUACCUGUUCCUGGGAGACUAUGUGGACAGGGGGUACUUCAGCAUAGAGUGUGUUCUUUAUCUGUGGGCUCUGAAGAUGCUCUACCCCACAACACUAUACCUGUUGAGAGGCAACCACGAGUGCAGGCAUCUCACAGAGUACUUCACCUUCAAACAAGAGUGUAAAAUAAAGUACAAAGAGGAGGUGUACGAUGCCUGUAUGGAUGCGUUUGACUGCCUGCCCCUGGCAGCCCUGAUGAACCAACAGUUCCUGUGUGUGCACGGCGGCCUGUCCCCAGAAAUACACUCGCUGGACGACAUUAGAAAGUUGGACAGAUUCAAGGAGCCGCCGGCAUUUGGCCCCAUGUGUGACCUGCUGUGGUCAGAUCCAUUAGAAGACUUUGGUAAUGAAAAGAAUGCAGAACACUUCAGUCAUAACAGCGUUAGAGGAUGCUCCUACUUCUAUAGCUAUGCGGCAACUUGCGAGUUCUUGCAACAGAACAACUUGUUGUCAAUAAUUCGAGCACAUGAAGCGCAAGAUGCAGGGUAUCGAAUGUACAGAAAGAGCCAGGCUACUGGUUUUCCUUCACUUAUUACGAUUUUCUCUGCACCCAACUACCUAGAUGUUUACAACAACAAAGCUGCUGUAUUGAAGUAUGAAAACAAUGUAAUGAAUAUCCGGCAGUUCAACUGCUCGCCACAUCCCUAUUGGCUACCCAACUUCAUGGAUGUGUUCACCUGGUCCCUGCCGUUUGUGGGGGAGAAGGUUACAGAGAUGCUGGUGAAUGUGCUAAACAUCUGUUCAGAUGAUGAACUCAUGACAGAGGGUGACGACACCUUUGAAGGUCUAGACCUGCCCAAUGACGCAUACAACAGUAUGAGUCUUACCUUGAGCCAGGCUGCUAGGCAGGUUACUACUGCUACUACUGAUGAGGGCGGUUCUGUCAGAGAACGGAAGGAGAUCAUUAGGAACAAGAUCCGAGCAAUCGGCAAGAUGGCCAGAGUCUUCACUGUAUUACGAGAGGAGAGUGAGAGUGUCCUGCAUCUGAAGGGACUGACCCCCACUGGGCAGCUUCCCCUCGGGGCUCUGUCUGGAGGGAAAGACACGCUACAAAGUGCAAUCCAGGGUUACAGUGUCAACACCAAGAUCCAAUCCUUCGAGGAGGCCAAGUCGCUGGACCGAGUCAACGAGAGGAUGCCGCCACGCAAGGACGGCACCAUGCCAUCCAAAGAGUCCAUCGAAGACAAGAAGGAUGGAAAGGAUUCUGCAUAAGAAAAACAAGGCAUCAUCGCUGGCGCAUUUAGUAUCGUUCAUGGGGCCAGCCAAGGGUACUACAACCUCUGAAGGCACGGGGCUUCCUUCCCCCUCCCAUUUACCAUACUGUACAGUGUAUUGUAUAACAGCCAUAACAGAAAUGAUUGUGUAACCCUGUUGUUUAUAGUCCUAAUCUCAGAUCUGGUUCUGAAGAUUUGCUCGGGUAUCCAGUAUAACUAAAAAAAAAUGCAGUUACUUACAUAAAACCACUGAGGGAUAAACGCAAUGACAACAUUGUUCUCUACCAUUGUUUGCAAGCAAACUUGUAAAGGUUACCCAAGUUAUUUAAUGAUUUUUAAACAAAGUUUAUUAAUUAUUACGUCAAUUGUUGAUGGCAAAUAUUUUGGAUAUGUCCUUUCAUGAAGUAAGAAAUGGACUGAUGUUAAUGUUUCUUUUUGUUUUCUUUAGGUUCUAUUUAUUGAUGACUGUGUGUUCGUGCAUAGUAUUGAACUCCUAAAUUUCUUGACGAAAUUGCAGUUAGCUAUCAAAAUAGAACCAGUUGUACUAGAGGCAUUGCCUUUUGAAUUUUGCGCGAGGUUAUCAGGACUUUCUUUAAGUCUGCCGCUUCAACUUAUAAGAAGCAAGACAGGCAUUGUUGUAUUACUUCAGUUUAUGUUAGAGUUACUAUUGUCUUUCUGUAUAAGUGGUGAUCGCAAUUAUAGUAUAGCGGGACCUGAUUUUUUUCUACCUGUGAUAGAGAGAAAAUAAAUUGGGGAGUUUAUGACACAUACUUCGCUGUCUUAUAAGAGGAAGAACUAAUAGUAGCCUAGCUUCAAAUGGUGUGCAAAGUAAGUUUCUGUUACUACGUAAUGUGUCAGCCCUGAGUCUUCAUUCUAGAAUUCUGUCAACGUGACGUUUGCUGUCUGUGUAUUCUUUACAAUUGUAAAACUUUACGGGGCUCCCAAAGAAUAUAUAUAUAGCAUGACUAUAAACUCGUUAGAGACAAAAUCAAUAAACAUUUGUAUGAACUAUUAAAAUGCAUGUUAAUAAGAAAAACCUUCAGGGUUCAUGUUCAUAGAUCUGAAGAAAAACUUAGCAAAAGCAUGCUCUCUGUGGGAUAUAUAGUGUAGACGUGUUUCUCGUCUGUGUAUGUACAAAGUUGUUUUUUUCCUCUCCAACACUUUGCCUCUCAAGUGAGGAAGGGAUGUGAUACUGAUAGAUGGUACCGGUGAAGUAUGUAAUAACUAGAGUUGAUUUUCUUUCCCUUCUGUUUCGACAGGAGUUUUGAAGUCACUGGUGUCUCAGAGACUUUGUACACUUGAUGUUCAUUCUUGUAUGUUAGACGUGACAAUUCUACAAGUGGUAUAUAAGGCUGUGGGUCGCCACCUGGGGUUCUAUUUGUUGCUAGUUGAGUUCUCUUUUCUCAAACCUUAAAAGUACAAUGACAUUUCAUGGAAAGUUGUUCAUUUUAUGCCUCAUAUCGUUCAUGAUUAUAAGUGUUGGAUGUAUAAGAAGUCUUAGCAAAAUUCACAUAGUAUGCUGGAAAUUUGUACCAUUGUUCUUUUUUUUGUAGAGAAUGCCUUGGGAAGUGAAUUGCACUGGGAGUGGAAAGGCUGGACACCUACAUGUAGUUUUUGCUUCUGAUUUGACAUGACUCGACAUCGAAAUGAUAGAAAGCACAAUUUCCUCGACGUGUAACACUUGAAAUUGAGAAACUGUGGAUGCUAAACCACCCACUUUUCAGAAAGAUAUAAUUUCUGCUCACAAAAGAUUUGAGGAAAGUGUGAAUGUGUGGAGACUGCUGAAAGGGUUUUGUUGGGAAGUUGAAAGUUGUAUUUGUGAGAGCCCUCAUGCUCCUGUUUUACCCGAGAUUAAGCCUUGUCUAGUUCUAGUCAGUUCCAAUUGUCGCUGAUAUAUUGGCUGAAACUGAGCAAAGCUAUAUCUCUGGCUUACUCAUAGGCAAUUUUCUGUGAAUUUAUUUGUCUGUGGGUGGACUAAACUCCCAUAGAUGCACAUACAUGUUUUUCCUGAACAUGAUUGGAUAGACGAUGGGACUGUAACCUUGGGGCAUUGUUCAUGAAUCAGGAGCACCACUUUAGUUUUGUAUCAAUGCCAAAAUCCUCAAGUUUUGUGUGUUAUAAAAGACUAGAGAAACAUGUCGUGAUCUGUGAAAAUGUCGGUGCAUUGGAGUCGGCACGCAGGAACUGAAGUUUCGUUUGUCAACAAAAACUGUAGUCAAUAAUCCCAAUUCAUGUAAAGAAAAAAAGCAAAUGUAUAAAAUGUACUGGAUUACGAAGACGUCGUAAAAAAAUGUUAUUUCGUAUGAUAAAGAGAUAAAAUAUAUAUAGAAACUUGGUUGCUGCUUUGAAACUUCCGAUCUUGCUGGAGCUGUGGACAUUGGUGGUGGGGCAAAGAUGAGCUGUUGUUGGGGACUUAUUGAACUAACCAAACUGACAGAUGACCAGGAGAAGGCAAAGUGUUGGUUAUCCAGAUUGUAACCCUAACUAGUACCAGAUGAAUUACCAGUAACUAGUUAAUAAGUAACCAGUAAUAAUAAAAACCGGCUGUUUCAGGCUGCUGUCUGGCGUUAAGGGGCAAUAUGCAAUUUUUUAUGUUGUCAUUUGUAACAAGGUUGAGAGACAAAAAAACAGUAACUAGCUCGGAAAUGCAAUGUAUCCAGUGCUCUUCGUUUUCCUGUGUUCCUUUCUCCACAUAUUUCAAUGGAAGUGUCAGUAGAGUGAAGUUCAGUUCAGCAGUAGACUGCUCUAUAGAUGAACACAUGGCUUUACGUUUUGGGGGAUUUUUUUAUGGUUAUAGUUUCGAUAUCGUGAAGGUGGUUAUUGCAUAGAAAGCUCCGCUCCAUUCGAUGUUCGGACUGCUACCAGCCUUACAGCCCUAGUUGCUGUGCAUGCCAGACACAAGUAACUAUGCUCUAGUAACCUCAUCUGUGAUGUACAUUGUGCUGAUCGCCUAAGUAGUGAUAAACGGCUUCUCUUCUAAGGAGA